CGCUUUGCAGGUCGCCCGUCUCUGUCCUUUCGCUUGCUUUUAGGGGACCGUCGCCAGCCCAGGCAUGGGGGAUCCGAAUUUGGAGAGACAUUUCAGAGGCCAUAAAGAUAUUGUCACCUCUGUGGAUUUCAGUCCGAAUAUGAAGCACUUAGUAAGCGGCAGCGUGGAUUCGUAUGUGGUGAUCUGGAACCUGAAACCUCAGAUGAGACCUUAUCGUUUUGAGGGCCACCAAGAUGCUGUGAUGUGUGUUCAGUUUUCACCCUCUGGAAAUCUUGUGGCAUCUGGAUCUAGAGAUCAAACAGUUCGCCUGUGGAUUCCAAAUGUGAAAGGAGACUCUGUUGUGUUUAAAGCUCACAAGGCAAGUGUAAGAAGUGUUCAUUUCUCCAGUGAUGGUCAGCUGUUGGUGACUGCGUCUGAUGACAAGACUGUUAAAGUGUGGACUGUGCACAAACAGAAAUUCUUAUUCUCCUUGAACCUGCACAGUAACUGGGUCCGUUGUGCCAAAUUUUCUCCUGAUGGGAAGCUGAUCGUAUCGUCCAGUGAUGAUAAAACUGUCAGAAUCUGGGAUCACUUCACUAGAGAGUGUGUGUAUUCUUUCUACGAGCCUAACGGAUUUAUCAGUUACUUGGACUUUCAUCCUAGUGGUACGUGCAUUGCUGCUGUGUCCACAGACAAGACUGUGAAGGUGUGGGAUAUCCGAACUCAUCAACUCCUCCAACGUUAUCAAAUACACAAUAGUGGCGCCAACUCACUGUCCUUCCAUGCAUCGGGAAACUACCUCAUUAUUGCCUCUGGUGAUUCUACCCUUAAAAUUUUGAACUUAAUGGAGGGCAAGUUACUGUACACUGUUCACGGACACCAGGGACCAGCUACUUGUGUUGCUUUUUCAAGAUCAGGAGAGUUCUUUGCUUCAGGGAGUACCGAUAAACAAAUAAUGUUGUGGAAGACUAAUUUCAGUGCCAUCAGUCAAGGAAAUGGCAGGCAGCCCAAUGUGAACAAAGCUGCUUUGGAAGUGAGCCAGCCUCGAGGCAGCGACCAAGACCAACAGAGCCAGCCUCAGGGCACCAACCAAGGCCAACAGGGCCAGUCUCGAUGCAACGACCAAGGCCCACAAAGCCAGCCUCAAGGCAAUGUCCAAGGCCAACAGAGCCAGCCUCCAGGAAACGAGCAAGGCCAACAGAGCCAGCUUCAAGGCAGCAACCCAGCCCAACAGAUCCAGCCUCCAGGCAGCAACCAAGCCCAACAGAUCCAGCCUCAAGGCGGCAGCCCAGCUCAACAGAUCCAGCCUCGAGGUGGCAACCCAGUCCAACAGCAGGCAGAGUUGCAUCCUGCCACCCCUCCGAGGGCAAGGAUCAAUCCAGAACAACCUAUCAUUCAUCCUCUGGUGGAGAUUAGAUUUCCUGAAAACAUCACUAUCGUCUUUGAACAGAUUUCGAAGCAGCUUGCUGCUCUCUUCCAGACUGUUACCGUUCUGGAGCAGAGACUGACCAUGACCGAAGAUAAGAUAAAGGAGGUCCUGGAGAAUCAGCGGAUCACCAUGCAAGCAUGUAACCAAUUCUUUGAGGUGAAUAACAAAUGAGAGAUUGAAAGCUGGAUCCUGGUUGUAAUUAUUAUUUUAUAUGUACUGUGUAAGUUAUAUACAUAUGUAAAUAUAAAGAUUAAUUUAUAUUUUAUUGAGUUUAAAAGGAUGCAAAAGUGAGAAAGGAUGCAAGUGUUCAAAGGUAUGCAGCAAAAGUUCAAAAGUAAGCAACAAAAGUAUGCAACUAAGGUAUAAAAGAAUGCUACCAUUCAAAAGUACACAACCAAACUUCACAAGCAUGCAAACGUGCAAAAGUACCCAUGCUGUUAAUGUUGUUACU